CUGUAGCCAGAGCGUGGGUGUGGGCGCUGUUAAAACAAGGCCCACUCUCGCCAUGACUGACUCACAUGCGCUCUGCGCUGCGCUGCGCUGCUCUGCGCUCUAACGCUCCACAUCAGCCGCCGCUUUCACACUUCACAUUUCACACACACUGAAAUUUGACUAUACGAAGCUCAAUGGAUAUCGGCACUCUUUUCCGUACCCUCUGCUUGGUUCUCGUGGCUGGAACCCAUUUAAGUGGAACAAAGGCGGAAAAAAGUUACUCCUGUACACAGUCAGAGUUCUUUAACAGCGAUCUGGGUGAUUGUGUGCCUUGUUCUACAUGCAUACAGUUCCCCAAAACCCCAUCAUGUAACACAUGCCCACCAGUCGAGCACCAUGAUUCCUGGAGAGUAGCAGCCAUUACCAGUUUCUCAGUGCUGGCAGCUGUGGUUGUUUUCGGAGCCUUGCUCAUUGGAGUACUAGUACAUCAAUGCAAGUCCAAAAGGACUUUAAGCGAACCCAUUGAAGAAACCACAGGUCCUCUUUAUCCGGUGUAGGCAGAUCAUUAGCAACAGAGAAAGGGAAAGAAGAAUUCAAGGUAUCAAGGAAGCUGUUGAUUCAGUUGGCGAUCUGUUUGCUAAUACGUUGACUACAGAGUGUACUAUUAGUAGCAUUUGACUCUUCUAAUUUAUUAUAUUGGUAGAUCCAACAUACGCGAUUAACACUCCAGAAUAUUCAGUUGGUGUAGAGUCACUGUGAUCUCAAAAACCUCAGACUUUGUCCAUCACUGUGUGAGCUUUCUUAAGGUGCUUUUUGAGUGGACUCCUAUACAUCAGCAACAAUCAGAUGCCUUACAACCGAUGCCUUACAACCAAUACAAAUGGAGGAAAUGGUUUGUGAACCUCUAUUUUUUUUUAAAGGCAUUCUAUUUUUUUUUAGUGUUUAGUGAACACACUUAUUCUGCUUUUUUUCAUAUCCCAUUUUGAGCAUUAAUGGCCCCUUGUGUUCUUACAAUGUCUAUGAAUGUCCAUUUUUUUAAUCCAGUGAAAACUGCCAUAUCCUUCCAGAACUGUAGUGUAGAAGUGGCUGUUUGAUAUAAAGAAAUACCUUUUAUACAGAAACUGUUUACCUCCACAUUAGUUUUAUACUGGCCUAUUGAAUGUAAUAUGUAAUCAAUGAUUUGUAGAAACAUUUUGUAUAUAUUUGUGUCCUAUGCACUGUUAGGAUGUAGUCAUUGUAGUGCUCAGAAUGUUACUUAGCCUUUCUUUGGUGUUUGCGAAAACGCAAAUCUGAAUACAGGCAGGUGAGAAAUUCAAGGAAAAACAGCUCUGUCGGGGGGUUGGGAGGAUUUUCCUGGCAUGGUUUAGAUCAAUUUCUAUCCUCAUAGAAAUUAAAUACCAAAAAAAUAACUAAUUAAAUACCAAUCUUGCAUUGAUUCUUUGAGACUUCAAACAAACAACAGCCCUGAUCCUCCAGGAAAGUUCCAGACAUAUUUUGUGGUCUUGGCACGCAUUGCCAAAGUGCCAGGAUAUGUGAUGUCGCUUUACCUUAGCAAGAUAAGUUUAAGUUUUUCCUUUGAAUUUGCCUGUAUCUCAUCCAGAAAAGCUGCAGGUGAUGAUCGCAUGUGACUGACUAGUCUACAACCAGUAAACAUAAAUGCAAACUACAUAUUAAAAUACAUUCAUUUGUUUUUACAUAUGCUGCCAUCCCAUUUUGAUGUAUUAUAGCAGGUUACAUAUACUGUAGCUGACCAAGUGUCCAAUGACCACCCAACAAACCAGAACCCUCAACAACAGAAUGAGCAAUUGGCAUACCAUGCUUCAGACAAAAGAUAGUGGUAAAGCUAAGAUUAAUUAUACUACUUUCAUUUUCUAUCUUUUUUUGUUGUUGUUAGUCGCUGUUAGGUUAUUAGAUCAAAAUUAAGGCCAGAGUUUGUCCCUUUUUAAAAAGGUUUACCUGAUGUUAAACUGUAAAACAGCCUAAGCAUUUAUAGGCAAUAAACUGAGACAACUGUUGCAUAUUCAUUGAAUGUGUAUGUAAAAGCAUGACAUUUCUAAAUGUUUUGAAUUAAUUUGGACUGUAAAUAAAGGAUUU